GUCGCAUCGGGCGAAGUCUGACCGAAGACCGAAGCCGCCGAGCAGGGCCAGGGCCAGGGAGAUUUCUUUUCCUGUGUGAACUGAUUUCAUUUCAGAAGUGUUUGAUUUUGAGUAACUAAUCAUAAUGGCAGGCAGCGCAACUGCAGCGGACGGUGUUGUGGAGCCAGGGAAUGAAAGUUCUUUCACCAAUGAAAAUGGAUGCAAAAUUUAUUGUAAAUAUUGGUGUGCCGACAUGCAGAAUCCCAAAGCAUUGGUCUUUUUAGUUCAUGGAGCUGGCGAGCACUGCUUGUGUUAUGGGGAACUGGCUGAGAUUUUGAAAAACCAGGGCCUAUAUGUCUUCUCUCAUGAUCACCAGGGCCACGGACAGAGUGGAGGGUCACGUAUGCACAUCACAGACUUCAGGCACUAUGUACGAGAUGUCUUUCAGCAUGUUGAGGUGGUGCAGAAGCGCUUCCCUGGUGUACCUGUAUAUGUGCUAGGACAUUCCAUGGGUGGAGCUGUUUCUUUAGUGGCAGUCCUUGACAGACCAGAUUUUUUUGCUGGCAUGAUUCUCAUUGGCCCUGUUGUUACCCCAGAGCAAGAUACUGUUGGACCUGUCAGGAUUUUCUUUGGCAAACUUAUGGCAAGAAUUUUUCCCCACUUUCCUGUACUUCAAAUAUCUGAUGAGGAAAUAUCAAGAGACAAGGCAAUUGUACAGAAAUAUAAGGAUGACCCACUUGUUUACCAUGGUUGGAUGAAAGCCAAGUGGGCGCUGAGUCUGCUUUCUGCUCUGAUGGAAAUAGAGGAGAAACUUACCACCAUCAAACUUCCAUUCCUUGUCUUGCAUGGAGGAGAUGACAGAAUCGUCAGCUCCAAGGGCUCAGAGACUUUGCAUAAACUUGCAGAAAGCACAGAUAAAACAAUAAAGAUUUAUCCUGAAGGGUUUCAUCAGCUACAUGCAGAUGUAGAACCUGUACGCAGUGACAGCUGUAAGAACAUUGUAGACUGGCUUGCCAAACGUGUGUCUUAGGAUUUUUUCAGCUGCAGUUAAUAACUGAACUACUUGCCUACUCAUUCUAACCUUUGGCGUGCUCCCGGGAGAAUCAAGUCAAACACUUCGCCUCUCUGGAAAGUGACAGUGAAGUUGGCCUAUCGCAGGUUUUUGGAAAACUGUAUUGUUUGUCUGUUCUGUGUAAAUACGAGCACCUAUUUUUAUAGCUGACAUCUAUAUGUGUGUGCGCCCUGAGAAAGGUACCAAAAGUCGCCCCAGACCGUUUCGAGCUACAGGCUGAUAAGGACAAAAAUCACUUUUUUGACCAAAAUGUUUCCUUAAAAAAAUUAUAGAUCCACCAUUUUUUUACUCUGUGCUCAAAGAGUUUUCAUUGGUUUGACUUCUAAAUAUUUUAUUUUGAAUUAUUUUGAGAGUAUGGUAUAAAAAAAACAUAAUGAAAAGUGCUUUUAAUAGGUGUUAAAAUCUGUUCUUGAAGCACGCUUUCUCUCCCCUGCUAUGUUUUACCCGUGUACAGUGAAGUAGCAGAAAAAUGUAAGUGAUAAUUAAUUUUGAAAAAGAAAAAAAAA